AAAACUGUUGCAGACUCACAAGUCAGAGGGACAGACACAGAUGCAGGGACAUUUCCCAGCAUCAUCAUGUCAGCUUCCAACUCACAACAGGUCCUGGAGAACACAGAACCCUUGAGAGGUGUAAAACAUGUGAAGCCGCCUGUAAAACCCAAACCACUGGUGCCUCCACGCCCUAAGGAAAUUCCAGGGUCCGAAAAUAAAAGUCCUUUGCUAUCACCAACAUCUAGCCAAUGCUCUCCAACUUUGGAUAUACCAUCUGCCCUCAAAAUCAGCCAGCUUACAGGUCCGCAACCUUAUGGGACUAGGCGGACUUCAUUAAAAAGAUGGUCAUCCUCUGUUGGUGAAGAAGGAAAUCAAGAGAAUAACCCACUGUCACCAGUGGAAAACAGGAGUACAGAUCUACCAGUCAAGAUUGCAGCCAAGCCAUUAUCUGCUCCUUCGAGACCUCUGCACAGUGGACCAGUAUGGAAAGGAAAAAGUCCUUUUAUCUUAACAACUCGAGGAUGGGGAGAGCAAAGACUGAAUCAAUCAAGGGAUCACAACGAGAGCGAGACUACAUCCCAGAAAACUAGUUCCAGCUCAGUGAGUAAAGAUACAGAUUCACAAAAAAGACAAACUACAGUCGAAGAGAGUACAGUCUUACAUUCAGAAAGUCAUGUUGGAAUUAUUCCAGAAGAAAAAGCAGUGGCUUUCAAUGUCCAAGACUCUGUAGCCAGUCCUGAAAAAUUGCCCUCAAGAGCCUCUGAAGAUGAAAGGAUGGUUUCUUCAGGAUUCUGCUCUUCUGACAGGUCUGAACUUCAAAAACCAUCUGUUCCCCUAAAAUCUGAUCUUCAUUAUGAAAAUAGCAAACAGGUCUCCCACUAUGACCAUAAGGAAGAAAUCAUGGUGCCACCCACUAGAACUGAGAAAAAAGUUCUAAGUGUUCCUAUAAGAGAAUCCUUCCAUGUGCCAAAAAGUCAAACUGAGGAUGAAAAUGUAAAAAAUGCAAUAGUUUAUAAUAAUAAGAUUUCUGAUGUAAGGUCAGAACUUGGACACAUAGUACUGCCUGGUGACAUACAUGUAGACAAAGGACACCUGGAAAUCAGGGACAAGAAUCAACAACCAGAAGCAGAAGUAUAUUCUCACGACCUUCAAAACAUUGGAGAUGUUAUACCCCAAAAAUAUACACAACACACCAAUAUAGCUUACAAGCAAGAAUCACAACAUCAUGAUCAGCCACAGCCAAUUGUACCCCCAAAACCCAAAGAACGAAAAAAGCUGUCUGUGCAGUUUAAUGUGCCAAAAGCAGAUGACCAAGGUGAAGUGCAAAGGUCUUUGGGCGAUACUGAAUCAGAGGUACAAGAACCCAAAGAAUAUAGAGCUAGACACAAGGAGGAUGGAAAUGCAGAUAUGAGAAGAUGGCAUAGAGAAGAUGGCGAAGAGGAGAAACCAGCUUUACAUGGACAGCAAAAGACCGAUGAAGAACCUGUGGAAGAGCAACAGGGGAAGUCAGCAGGAACAGAUGAGUCACUAGGUUUUGUAAGGACGCAAAUAGCCAACUACACAAUGACCACAGAUGAUGGGAUUUAUAGAGAAGAUAAUAUUAGCAAAGUUCCUACAGACUAUACAGUGAUUCAUAGAAGUGAAUAUCAUGGUAAUGAAAAUAUAGAUGUUGGCCAACCAGAUGUUCAUGGAUUAAGUCUCCAUCAUAAAGAAGUUAAACUUAUUGAUGAAGAAAAGCCUUUGAUUUCUCAUGCUACACAAAUGUAUGAAAAUAUUGAGAGUGGAAACCAAGAGACUGACACCAAACAACCUGAUAUAGAUGAUGACAACAGAAGCUUCAAUAAGAGACAGCCAGAGGCUGAUUCUGAGGUGACGCAUGUGGAGUAUAUGUCCCAUUUUACUGCACCCAGCUUAGAACGUGGAAAUGAUACCUAUUCCUUCCAAGACUCUGGGACACCUUAUAUCCAUCUUUAUAAACCCAGUACAGCAGAUGAUUCUGAAUUUCAUGAAAAUACAGAUAUAAAGAAGGCACUACCCAUUACCAUUGAAUCCCGUACGGAUGACAAACUUCCUUCACAGGAAAUAUAUACUCAUGCAAAGGAAUUUCUUCCAUCAAGUGCUCAGGCUCAGCCACAGGAAGAGCUGACUGAACUGGAGAACUGCAAACCAAGUUCCAAGUCAAAUCUUGAUGAGUUAGAAGAGCUGGAGUGUUCUAAAUCUAAAGAAUUUCACUUGAGUCAUUUUAAGGAUUUAGCUGGCACAGUCACUCAAUCAACGAAGUUAAGCGGCAGAAGAGAUCACAAAGAUGGAAUUCAGUACUAUAAUAUUUACUCACAAAAUAUUCAGGAUGGAGACAAAGUAAAACAUGAAGUUAAGUCAGAGGACCAUAAUUUUUCACCUAGUCAGUCAGAAGAACCAUUGCAAGAAGGUGCACAGUCUGAGGAACUAGUUCAUACAUAUUCACCAUCUGAGAAACUAGUUGAUACAUAUGUACCAUCUAAGGAAAUAGAUCAUACAUAUGCGCCACAUAAGGAAAUUGAUCACACAUAUGCACCAUCUGAGAAAUCAGUUGAUACAUAUGUACCAUCUAAGGAAAUAGAUCAUACAUAUUCUCCACGUAAAGAAAUAGAUCAUACAUAUGCACCAUCCGAGGAACUAGUUUAUAAAUGUGCACCAUCUGAGAAACCAGUGGAUACAUAUGUACCAUCUAAGGUAAUAGAUCAUACAUAUGCACCACAUAAGGAAAUUGAUCACACAUAUGCACCAUCUGAGAAAUCAGUUGGUACAUAUGUACCAUCUAAGGAAAUAGAUCAUACAUAUUCUCCACGUAAAGAAAUAGAUCAUACAUAUGCACCAUCUGAGGAACUAGUUUAUAAAUGUGCACCAACUGAGAAACCAGUGGAUACAUAUGUACCAUCUAAGGUAAUAGAUCAUACAUAUGCACCACAUAAGGAAAUCGAUCAUACAGAUGCACCACACAAGGAAAUCGAUCAUACAGAUGCAUCAUCUGAGAAAUCAAUUGAUACAUAUGUACAAUCUAAGGAAAUAGAUUAUAAAUAUGCUCCACAUAAAGAAAUAGAUCAUACAUAUGCACCAUCUGAGGAACUAGUUUAUAAAUAUGCACCAUCGGAGAAAUCAGUUGAUACAAAUGCACAAUGUAAGGAAAUUGACCAUACAUAUGCACCAUCUGAGGAACUAGUUCACACAUAUACAGCAUUAAAGCAACCAGUUCACAUGCAUGAGUCAUCAGAAGAACAAGACCAAGAAUAUCCACAAUCAAGAGAGGAUAUACAUAACUAUGCAGUAUUAAAGAAAGAGCAGGAAAAUGUAGUUUAUAUAUCAGAGGAGCCAGAUCACGAUUAUAUAGAUUCAGGAGAAGAAAGCCAUAAGUAUGCAGUCCUAAAGGAAGCAAAGCAUGCGUGUAACCAGUCAGAGAAGCUAGAUCAAACAUAUGAGCUACCAGAGGAUCAUAUUUUGUACAAUGCCCAAUCAGAAGACUUAGCUUAUAGGCAUAAGCCAUCAAAGACUACAACCAUUACAUAUGAACAAUUAGAGAAACCGGGUAACACAUAUGACCAGAUAAAGGAGUCCUAUACUCAGGACAUACAACCAAAGGAGUCAGAAAAAGUGUAUGAAUAUGCAGAGAAAAAGUAUACAGAGUCAGAGGAUUCACCAGAAAAGAUCAUUCCCUAUGUAAAACAAUCAUAUGAGUUACAUAACCAGCAUGCUCAAGCAGAGGAAACUCCAUCAGAGUUAGUAAAUUACCAACAAGCACAACCAGAGGAGCCCGAUUUCCAACAGUCAAAGUCUGGGUUGCCAAAUCACCUACAAGCACAAUUCAAAGGUCCAGAUUAUGAACAACCUCAAUCGGAGGUUCCAGAUUACCAAAAAUCAAAGGAGCCAUAUUAUCAACAAGGGCAAUCAGAAGAGCCAAAUUAUCAACAAGAGCACUCAGAGGAAUGCCCUGUUCAUCACAAACACUCAGAGGAGUUGUAUUACCAACAAGAACACUCAGAAGAUCCAAAUUAUCAACAAGCACAAUCAGAGGAGCAAAAUUAUCCAACAACACAAACAGAGGCGCUAAAUUUCAGAUAUCAACAACCAGAAAGCUUGGAGAAUAACAAUAACAGCUCAGAAGAUUCACAGUUCAACUAUUAUUCACAACAGUCAAAGCAGACUUCAGAGGGUAAAAGUAAGAUGUCUGGAGAAAAUAAUUAUAGGUUGACAGAGUCUACAGAGCAAGAGUACAUGGAUCUUCAUACUGUAGAAACAGACAGUGGACAUGCUACUUCAGCAAAGCAAGAUACAGCGGAGAGCAGACCUGAAAAAUACUUGGAGCCACAACAUAGGUAUAGUUCUCCAGAAGAAUACCAUCACAACAAUGACUCACCAUCUGAAACGUCCCAUAAGGAUUUACUAUCUAAAGACCAAGACCUUAGGUAUCCUGAGCAAGAAAAGCCAAAGACUUUAGAUACUGAUUUUGUUGAGCCAGAGAGUGGAAAUGUUCUACCAGAGCAGCAGGAGCAUAAAGAUUCUGAUAGACAUUCUCAAUUGCAUGAAUCACAUACAGAGGAGUCACAUGAUUCUCAGGCCCAGGACACAUUGGACAACUAUACUUAUAUUCAAAAAAAUAUAAAUGGACAUUCAGGACUUGAAGAAUCAGAGCGCAAAGACAAUAGGUCAAGUGGACCUAAAUUAUCAGAUGACAUCCACAAAGAAAGUCCAGAGGAGAUAGUAUCAGACACAGGGGAAACUAUAGAAGACAGUAAUUUUGAUUUUCUAGAGGGCACUAGUGUUUUAGAUACGUCAUUAAUGAGGUCCAGAGCAUCUCUUGGGAAAAAAAGAUGUCCCAGAACACCUGCAACAGGAACCUGCACAUCUCAAGAAGAGGCUGAUCCUGAAUACUGGAUGUUUCGGGACUCCACAGAGCCAGGAAUUUCACCAAAAAAAGACUCUGACAAUGAGGAAAAGGAAGAGACAUCUGAUUGUACACAGGAGAACUCUCCCCGAUCAGUAAAAUCUCCUACUAAGAAGGGUGGAAUAUUUUCUGGAAUAAUCUCACCAUCUAUACUAAAGGGUCGCUUGAAAUCCCGAAAUAAAGAAAAGGAUAAAGAAAAAAAUGAAGACGAAGCUGCCAAAGCUGAAGCAAAGGAAAGCCAAGAGCCAACAUCUCCUGGGAAAGACAAAUCAGACUCUUCCAGUCACUCUCUUAAUUGGCUGCAAGCGUUAAAGAAAAAGAAGAAAAAGCAACCAAAGUGAAGAUUGCCCCAGACAACAGAGGACUGACGUCUUAAAGUGUCAACUUCUCUUUAUAUGCUGGUCAUGUGUGCUGGUUUAUCCCAUUCCUUAUACUGAGCAUUUACUGCUAUACUAAAAAAAUGUCUUAAUAUGUAUGCUGGAUCACAGGCAAAUUCGUCACUUAAAGGGAAGUUGUACAUGUAGUCCUAACUGUGAGCAACAUGUCAUAGAACAGAAGGAGGUGCACAGAAAUAUCUGUGGGUAAAGAUUCAGUAGAACUGGUGGUUCAUUCAUUUAAAGCUCCACUCUUUCUAUGCCUAAUAGUCCAGUGGGUGGUCCUAACCAGUGAUUGAAAGCUGCCUCUGUAUGCAUGUUCAUACAGAGAAAGAUGUCAGUCACGAGAUAGGACUGCCCAGUCGACUCCUAAGCAUAGAAAUAGUAGAGAUUUCAGUAAAAGCAAUACUAUCAAUCUACUCGGCUCCUUCGGCUCUAUAACAUGCACCCUGCAGAUUAGAUAUCACGUUCAGGUUAUCAAUUUUUUUUUUUUCCAGAUAUUUUUUCUCUCUCGGCUUAUUUUACUUACUUUUGAUAUGCGUUUCCUAGGAUAACUCAUGCGACAAGUGAAUAUUGAUUUUUUUAACACUUUUAUAUGGGUCGCAAAUUUGAUUUUCAGAUCCCCUGCUAGAAGAUUAAUUUCUGGCUGCUUGCAGCUAACACUAGAGGGAGCUCAUUGGAUACAGAUUUAGUAUGUAGUUUGAUUUAUAUAUCCGUGUUAACCUGCCUAGAAAGUGAUCAUGUGACUGUGUGAAGUGAAAAACUGCGCCAACCAGGGCACUUUGUAUCUCCUCUAGCAGCUCCCACAAAAAAUAUCUAAAAAUGAUAGUGGAGGCUGGCAAAUUUCUUAAAUAUAAAAUUCAGUGGACAUUGUAUGCUGUGCCAGGCAUUAAAAUAAAUAGCUGUUUUGUGAGGAAAUACUCCUCACACGGAAGACCUUUUCCCAUUAAAUUAAAUCUUUCUUUGGCCCAGCAGUUUGAAUCAUACCAUGGCAAUGCAAACCCCCCUGGCCAACUUUUAUUUACUCAUAUAUGAGGUUACAGGAAAGAGAGGGGCAGGAUACAGAGCAUUCACUGUCAGUCUGAUGGAUUUUACUGUGAAAAGUAUUCUGCAGCUGCUAUGUACUGUGAAACACAGAAGCUGCGGAAGCCAAACUUAGGCUACUUUCACACUAGCGUUCGGCUGUCCGCUUGUGAGCUCCGUUUGUAGGGGCUCACGAGCGGACCCGAACGCUUCCGUCCAGCCCUGAUGCAGUCUGAAUGGAUGCGGAUCCGCUC